CCAAACAAAAAAAUUCACUUCACUCCUUCUCUUAGAAGUCAUACCCGCCCCACAAAAUGCUCCGCCAGCGCCUCAUCCAAACCCUCCGAACCCGCGGCGGCUCCGCCACCGGUCCGAGCCGCUGGACCAGUCCCGGCCACGAAGAACAGCCCAAAGGCUACCUCUUCAACCGAACCCCUCUACCUCCAGGCCAGUCUCGAAAAUGGGAGGAUUGGGAGCUCCCCUGCUACGUCACCAGCUUCCUCACCAUCGUCAUCCUCGGCGUCGGACUCAAUGCCAAGCCCGAUCUCACCAUCGAGACCUGGGCCCACCAGAAGGCCCUUGAGCGCCUCGAGAUCGAGCAGGCCGGCCUUCCGGCUGAAUCCGAAUGAAGAUUCGAUCCGGGUAAGAGAGGUUUCUGGAUCGAAACUGGUUUUGAGUUUCCGCGGGGUUGUUUUCGCUGUUGAUAUUUAUGAUAUGUAGUUGAAAUAAGGGUUUCUGGAUCGUUUAAUUGGGCUCUUUUGAAGCUUGAAUACUUCCUAAUUUUUGUUGCUUUUCAGAUAAUUUGGAUGUUUGACUUGGUAAUGUUUCGAAUAGCUCAUCAUUUUAUAGAAAUUUUAUGCUUAUGAUUUGAA